AUGACUGACAAACGAACGUCCAACAUCUUAACCAACUAUGUGGCAUAUUUAGAGCUCAGCGGCUCUUCCCCUCGAAUUGGCCACCUAGAUACCGUGUCUUCGACUAUCACACCAUUGUUCUUCCUUUCCGGCACACCAUUGACAAAUCUGUACCAAGUGAUCACGGUAGGGGAGAAGGGAAUUACAGCUAUUGGCGCAGAACCUCUACCUCUUUCUAGCGUGAAAGUUCUACCUCCAAUUUCAGGGCGUGACGUUCUUGCAGUGGGCAAGAACUAUGUCGAGCAUGCCCGCGAGUUCAACUCUUCAGGCUACGAUGCCAGCGAUAAAAACGACCAACCAACACACCCGGUGAUUUUCACCAAGCGUGCGACAUCCAUCAUUGGCCCCAAUGACUCUAUUCUCCUUCAUCCGGGGUUUACCAAAACUGCCGACUAUGAGGGUGAAAUCGGCAUCAUUAUUGGCAAGUCGGGCUUCAAAAUUUCCGAGGAAAACGCGUCGGACUACAUUUGGGGAUACACCAUAAUAAACGAUUUGACCGCACGAGAACGUCAGCGCGACCACAAGCAAUUCUUCCUCGGUAAAUCUCCCGAUACAUUCUGUCCAAUGGGUCCUAUCGCCGUUCCUAAGGAGAGCCUUCCAAAAAAUCUGACGAUCCAGACCGUGGUUAAUGGAGAGAAGCGCCAGGAGGCCACUCUUGACGAACUGAUAUUCAGCAUUCCCAAGUUGAUCGCGACCAUCAGCGCCGCCCAGACAGUGCAAGUUGGCGAUGUGAUCGCUACCGGUACUCCGGCUGGGGUUGGUUUUGGAUUCCGCCCUAUGAAGUUUUUGAAGGCUGGAGAUGAGAUUAGCAUUUCUGUCAGCGGACUAGGAACCUUGACGAAUAAGGUUGCUGCUAUAGAUGCUGCCAAUACCACUGCCGAACACGCCGAGUCCCACAUUCCUGUCUCUAAUCAAAAGGCACCCACCAACUCGGGAUUGACACCGAUCAAUGGCAAGAAUCUCUUCUACCAGCGUUUAGGAGUUGAAGAUGGCCCUCCAGUUUUCUUCAUUCACGGGCUAGGCGGAUCCUCGGCGUAUUUCUAUCCUCUUGUCUUAAAGCUGCAAUCAACACAUUCCUUGCAUUUUCUGGAUCUGGAAGGCCAUGGUCUCUCCCCGACAUCAGCGCUCAGUACCCUCUCGAUUAAGUCCUUUGCAGACGAUAUCCAUCAACUUGCUCAAGUUACUGGGGUGAAAAAGGGCGUGACCGUAAUCGCACAUUCAUUAGGCGCUCUAGUUGGUCUUCAGCUUGGAGUGGAACAUCCAGAGUUUGUUUCUAAACUUAUCUUGAUGGGCCCUCCCCAGAGCCCAACCUCCGACGCAGAGAUUACUGAGUUGUUCGCCCUAGCUGCCUUGGUUCGUCAAAAAGGAUUGAUGAGCGUCGUGGAUGCAAUCAUUCCAGCUGGAUCUCCAGCCUCCAUCCAACAGAAUAAUCCCGUGGCUGUCGCCAUGAUACGGGCAUCUUUGCUUGGCCAAGAUGCCGAGGGAUAUGCAAAGGCGAUUACGGCACUUGCCAAUUUUACUGUUGAAGAUACGUUGGAUCACUGGGGUCUUCAGAUACCUGUCACAUUUGUGACUGGGGAAGAAGACAUAAUUAGUCCACCGUCUCUUUGCGAGAAAUACGCUAGGCACACAGGUGGCCAUGUUGAAGUGCUGAAAGGUAUUGGGCACUGGCAUUUGUUAGAAGAUGUAGAUCAAACUGUAAACGCGGUCCUAGCACAACUCUAG